AUGAAGUCUCCCAUACCGGACUAUCUGCAGAGCGUGCUAGAGAAAGCGAGACCGAUUGAAGAAGGCGCGCCGGCAGGCUACAUCGAUGUUCUCGCGAGAGCCGACACCUCUCGCUUAGCCGUCGCGCUUGCGAUGGUCGAUGGCAAUAUCUACUCCGCCGGCGACGACGAGCUGGAAUUUUCUAUGCAGUCAAUCUCGAAAGCGUUUGUCUAUGCAAUAGCCAUUGAAGAUGCUGGACUCAAGGCUGUGCUCGACAAGAUUGGCAUGGAACCGUCGGGCGAUGCUUUCAACAGAUUAUCCUUACAGAAGGAUAGCAAUCGCCCAUUUAAUCCCUUGAUCAAUGCUGGAGCUAUUACUGCGCACUCACUCGUUGUGGCGCCUGAUGCAACAGUUGAGCAAAGGACUGAGCGUAUUCUUAAUGCUUUAUCACGCCUUGCUGAACGGGAGCUACACAUCGACGAAGAGGUAUUCGAAGCGGAAUGGAAAGACGCGAACAGAAAUAUGGGCAUUGGCUACAUGCUCAAAGCUGCUGGUAUUAUAACAUGCAAUCCUGCUGAAGCGGUGAGAGGCUACAUCCGGCAGUGCUCAAUCAACGUCACCGUCAAAGACCUUGCCAUGAUGGCUUCUGUGCUCUGCAACUCUGGGGUUCAUCCGAUCAGCGGCGAGCGUAUCAUGCCAGCCGAGAGUGCUCGGCAAGUACUAUCUGUCAUGGCUACUUGCGGCAUGUAUGAUGGCUCGGGCGAAUGGCUCGCCACUGUUGGCUUCAGUGCGAAGAGUGGAGUGUCUGGCGCUAUUAUGGGUGCUCUACCUGGCCAAGUUGGCAUCGCCGCUUUCUCUCCAAAGCUUGAUGAGCGAGGCAACAGUCUCCGAUCAGUGGACAUCUGUAAACAGCUUUCCGCAGAUAUGGGCUUGCACCUGAUGAACAGCUCACAAGUUGCGCUCUCUACUGUACAGAUCAAGGUUGCGAAAAUACUCGCGGGCGUGAACAACACCGAACCACACCACCCCAAUUGUGACCGUGAAGUCAUGGUCUUCAGCCUUCGUGGGGCUGUCAGAUUCGCAGGCUCUGAGAGGCUGACUCGUGCGCUUGAGCGAGAGCUUACUGGACCUCAUAUGGACGCCUGCGCUGUGGUGCUGUCAUUUCGCGAAACCUAUUCACUAAACGAUAUAGCAAGGCGGGUGAUACACGAAGACAUCAAGAGGCUGCUCGAAGAUAGCAGAAAUGUGGUGGCUAUCGACCCAUCGGACGUCUUACAGUGGCAUGCCUAUGCCAAAGGCGAUAGGGAACAUCCAGUUAUCGUCGAGACCGAGUCGCAGGCGCGUGAUCACAUCGGAGGCGCGGGAUGCCGCGCUGUGACCCUGUCGGAAGGGUGGUAA